AGUAAGGCUCCGUGCGGAGACUAGGAGGGUAAACUCCUUAGUCAUGCUUUCGCCCGGCAACAACUUACCCGCCCAGCCUGGAGUCGAGGGGAACGCUCUGAUUGGCCCCAGCCUCCUCCAAUGGGCUGUCGCGAGAGCCGGUGGGACUGGGGAGUGUCACUGAGCUGGGCAGCGCUCGGGGGAGCUCUCCGGGGGUCGGGCAGGCUGCUUGCGGUGCUCCGUACUCGCCCUGUGGGAGGAUGAGGUGGGCGCCCGGGCGCUCCCUGGCCACCUGCUGCUGGGUGGCUCUGCUCGCAGCCUGCUGCUUUGCGCGGGGGGCAUCCGCAGGUAAUGGUGCAUUUACCAUUCGCCAUGAAAAAACCAGCAAGUGCCUACAAGUUAAAAACUCAUGGAUUUUGGCAGCAGACUGCAAGGAGACAAAUGAAACUUUGUGGAAAUGGGUCUCCCAAAAUCGCCUUUUCCACUUGGGAUCCCGGCAGUGCCUUGGAUUAAAUAUAGCCAAACCAGCAUCUCCUUUGAAAAUGGUUAACUGUGAUUCACAGCUCAUGCUAUGGUGGCGAUGUGUUGAUGCUUCCAUAUUUGGUGCAUCCCAGUACAAGCUGACUUUAAAAGACAAUGUUGUGACUGCAAAUAUAAAUUCGUCAGACACCUGGAGAAGAAAUAACUCUUCCUAUGAUAUUUGUGAAUACCCUUACCGUGAGAUCUAUACGAGGGAUGGUAACUCCUAUGGAAGGCCCUGUGAGUUCCCCUUCCUAGUUAAUAAGACAUGGUAUCAUGACUGCAUUCGGGAUGAAACACACACAGAUGGUGAAUGGUGUGCCACAACCCCCAAUUACAUUCAGGAUGCCAAAUGGGGAAUCUGCUUAAAACCAGAGAAUGGUUGUCGUGAUACCUGGAAACACGAUCCAGGAUCUGAAAGUUGCUACCAGUUAAACACACAGUCUGCUCUUUCUUGGAAAGAAGCCUAUAUUUCAUGUCAAACACAAGGGGGAGAUUUACUGAGCAUCACAAAUACAACUGAAUUAAGUUGUAUACAAGCUAAAGAUGGCAUUGCAGAAGUGUUUUGGAUUGGCUUAAACCAGCUGGACGUUUCUGGAGGCUGGCAGUGGUCAGACCACACACCCUUGAACUUUCUUAACUGGAAUCCAGACAUGCAAAAUGUGUCGCCUUUGGAUGGGUCAAGCUGUGUGGCGAUGAAUGCUGCCUCAGGUCAGUGGCAAAGUUACCACUGUGGGACUGCACUUCCAUAUGUCUGCAAGAAGCCACUUAACAAUACAAAAUCAGAAUUACCAGAUGUUUGGAGGUACUUGGAGACUCAAUGUGAUUCAGGCUGGCUUCCAUACAGUGGUUUUUGCUAUAUGCUGAUGAACAACCAAGCUUCCUGGAAUAUGGCAAGUCAGUCUUGCAGAGAAAACAAAAGUGACCUCAUCAGCAUACAUUCUUUAGCAGAUGUUGAGCUGGUUGUUACAAAGCUUCAUAAUGAAACUAAAGAGGAAAUAUGGAUGGGUUUCAUGAAUGAGGAUACUCCAGCUUUGUUUAAAUGGUCAGAUGGGUCCAAAGUGGUUUUCACUUACUGGAAUCAGAAUGAACCAAAAAUUCCUUUUAACAGCACUCCUAACUGUGUGUCCUAUUCAGGAAAGUUGGGUCGGUGGAGAGUCAAAUCUUGUGAAGAGAAACUGAAAUAUGUGUGCAUGAAAAAAGGAGAAGUUUUGAAUGAAACAUCUGAUAAACAGUGUUUCCCAAAAGAGGGAUGGAAGAGACAUGGAGACUUCUGUUACAAGAUUCAUAACAAUAAAGUAUCCUUUGGAGCUCAGUGCAAUCUUACAAUAAUUAACAGGUUUGAGCAAGAAUUUAUAAACAGUUUGAUUGGAAAAUACAGUAAAGGCAAAGAAAAAUAUUUCUGGAUAGGCUUGCAAGAUAUCAACCAUUCAGGAAAGUAUACCUGGGGUGAUGCAGAUGGGAGAAAAAAUGAAGCUGUGAUGUAUGCAAACUGGAAUUCCUUACAGCCAGCAUUUCCUGGAGGAUGUGUAGCAAUGUCAAGUGGGAAAUCUCUUGGAAAAUGGGAGGCCAAGGACUGUAAAACCUUUACAGCUUUAUCUAUCUGCAAGAACUAUACUGGGCCUCCCAGGCAGCCAGAAGUACUUCCUAAGCCAACUGACCCUUGUCCUCCUGGGUGGCAAAAUGGAUCAGGCCUUGCCUGCUAUAAGUUCUUUCAUAGCGAAAGAGUGCUGAGAACCAGGACGUGGGAAGAGGCAGAACGAUUCUGUGAAGCACUAGGAGGUCAUCUUCCUAGUUUCAGUGAUAUUGCAGAAAUGAAGGAACUCCAUUCAAUACUAAGAGACAUGAUCAGUAAUGACCGAUGGGUCUGGGUGGGACUCAAUAAGAGGAAUCCAGAUUCUCUAGGAACCUGGCAGUGGAGUGAUAACAAUCCAGAAACUACUGUUAUGUCCCAUGAUUUCCAAAGAGAUGUCUAUGACAUUAGAGACUGUGCUGCUUUAAAGACCACUCGAAUACCACGGAGGUAUUUUUGGAGACUUCAUUUCCAUGACAACAGACAAUUGGAUUUUUACUUAAAACCUUUUCAGUGUGAUGCUAGACUUGAAUGGGUUUGCCAGAUAACAAAAGGUAGUACCCCAAAGGCACCAGAGUGGUAUACACCAGAUGUAGAUGGAAUUCAUGGACCACCACUUAUUAUUGAUGGAGCUGAAUUUUGGUUUGUGCCAGAUAAAAACCUGAGCUACCAAGAAGCUGCUCUCUACUGUGCAAACAAUGAUAGUGACUUAGCAUCUGUGGACUCUUAUACAAAACUAAGGGCACUCCUUACCAAAAUAGAAAAGUUGUCAGGUGCAGAACAGAAGUGGUGGCUGAAAUACAUGGAUCAUGGAACUAACCAUCAUUCACCUUUACAGGUAUUUCCACAUUUCCAUGAUCAAAUCUGGAGGGAUUGUUGGUAUAUUUCUUCGAGGGGCUGGUAUAGAGACUAUCCAAUAAACUGCAAUCUGAAACUGCCCUUCAUAUGUGAAAAAUCUAAUGCAUCCUUACUGGAGAAACAUGAGCCAGAAUAUCAGCCCCCUAAAGGAGGAUGUCCUAAAGAAUGGAUUCUGUUUCAGAACAAGUGUUUUCUAAAGGUAGAACACAGAUUUUUAAAAUUUAAAGAUGCCAAUGAAGUAUGUGAAACUUUUGGAGGCACUCUUCCAUCAAUCUCAAGCCAAGCGGAACAAGAUUUUUUAACAUCCUUGCUUCCUGGUUUGGAAGAAAAUAUUUGGAUUGGUUUGAAGUUUUUUUUCAGCACAAGGAAAAACAAAUGGGUAGAUGGCAGUAGACUGUUGUACAAUAACUUUCACCCAUUGCUGAGAGGAACACUAAGAAAGAUUCCACUUGAUAUGUUUGAUGAGGAGAUAAACAACCAGUGUGGUAUAAUGCUCAACAACCCCAAAUCUUCAUAUGUUGGAACAUGGAAUUUCUUGUCUUGUGCUGAGGAGCAUUUUUUGGGUAUCUGCCAGAAGCCAGCAGGGGCUGCUGACAACCAGACACAGCAAGUCCUUAAUGAAACACUAACCUAUCAAAAUGUCCAUUACACUGUAAUUCUGAAGAAUUUGUCCUGGUAUGAUGCACUGCAGGAGUGCAAACAGAAAAACAUGCAGCUUGUUAGCAUCACAGAUCAGUACCAACAGGCUUUUCUUACUGUGCAGGCUGCCAUUCACAAUUACCCACUGUGGAUUGGACUCUUCAGCAAAGAUGAUGGAAAACAUUAUGGCUGGGCAGAUGGAAAGCGCAUUGAUUUUAGUCGCUGGUCUGAAGAAGACGAAGAAACAAGUGAAGAAUGUGUGUUUUUGGAUAUUGAUGGAUUCUGGAAAACUUCUGAAUGUUCCUCUGAAAAUCCAGGUGCUAUUUGCUACUUGCCAACAAAUCAGACUGAAAAAGAACAAGUUGUUGAACACAUUCAAUGUCCAUAUAAGUUUAAAAAUACACCAUGGAUAUCAUUUCAAAAUAGUUGUUACAUUUUCAUAAUAACAAAAGAUAGAUGGCAAGAAAUGAAAUCACAAGAAGCCCACCAUUUAUGCAAGAAAAUAAAUCUAGAUGCAUUUGUCUUGAAUAUUAGAGAUGAGAAAGAAAAUAAUUUUGUUGUUGAGCAGCUGCGUUCUUUCAGUGGCCUAGCUAGAUGGGUAUGGCUGGGCAUAAUUUAUGAUGACAGCGAUAAUUCCCUAAAAUGGUAUGAUGAAACUUUUGUGUCUUACAAUAACUGGAGACAGGGAAGACCUAACAUAAAGAAGGAUCAGUUUUUUGCUGGAGUGAACUUUGAUGGGUUUUGGGAUAUUUACAACCGUACACAAAGUUGGCAAGCUCUUGAAUUUAAUCAAUACAGUAUUCUUGCCUGUAAAAUUGAAAUGGGGCCCAGAGAGAACAAGCCUCCAUUGCCUGAGUAUAUACUACAUGGAAAUAGCACAUACAGUAUCCUUCAGAAAAAAAUAACCUGGUAUGAAGCAUUAAGAGAAUGCAAACAGAAUGGAAGUGAUUUAGUCAGCAUACACAGUGAAUCCCAUCAGGUGUUUUUGGAAGAUAUUGUAAAGCGUGAUGGAUAUCCACUGUGGAUUGGGCUAUCAAGCCUUGAUGGAAGUGAAUCUAAUUUAGAAUGGUCUGAUGGAAGUGAAUUUGACUACCGUCCCUGGGAACUGGAAAACACUGAAUCUACUGAGAACUGCGUUUUUCUUGAUACUAAAGGAAUUUGGAAACGUUCAAGGUGCACAAAUGUUGCUGAUGGUGCCAUUUGCUAUACUUCUUCAGACAAGAGACGACUACAGCCACAGCAAACCAAAGGCUCCUCCAGAUGUCCACAGGGUACUAGAACAUCGCAGUGGUUGCAGUAUAAAGAUCAUUGCUAUGCAUUUGAAAUGGCAUUAUACAAUUUUUCAGUAUAUACUGCAGAAGAGGCUAAAAGAGUCUGUCAGAAGCUGGAUCCUUCUGCAACACUAUUGACUAUAAAGGAUGCCGAAGAGAAUACAUUUGUCAGCAAGCACAUAAGGCAAAAUGACCUCAUCACCAGAAGAGUGUGGCUUGGAUUGUCUCAGAACUUCAGGGCUAAAUCCUUGAACUGGCUUGAUGGUUCAGCAGUUAAAUAUGCCAAUUGGGCAAACGGAACUUCAAAAGUCAAUGGGAAAUGCAGUGUUAUCCUAUCCACAAAUGGAACAUGGUCUGAAGUUGACUGCAGUCGUAGUAAAGGCAGAGUUGUUUGUAAAGCUCCGCUAGGCACUAAUCAUACUGGAGUGGCUAUAGCAUUUGCUCUGUUAAUUAUUGUAGUCUUGGUUGCUGGAUUAAUUUGGUAUCUCUACAAAAAGAAACGGCUUCAGUGGGGUGGCUUCUUUGCAGUACGCUAUGAACGAGGGAUGAAUGAAGAUGAGAUUGAUAGCAUAUUUACCAAAGAUGGUUACUGACAAACUGUUCUUACUAAUGGUUUUAUUACAAAUUCCACUGUGUGAAACUAUGGGGAAUGAGCUACUUGACACUUUAUUAGUUCCUUCUGAAAAAUGAGUAAGAUGAUUAUUAACUAGUGGCUAAAUUCUGCCCUCUAAUACAUGUGUGCAAUUUUAAGGCAGUGGGAGUUAACUGAAUUUGGCCUUAGCUGUAAAUCUUGCACAAGGUAGAAGUUCCCUGAGCCUCUAUAGCUCUGUGAUUCCAUAUUAACUCUGGGUACUGCCUCUAAAAUCUUUACCUACAUUAUCUUUUCUUUUUACCAAAAAAAAAGAAAAAGGGGGGGUUACAGGUGAGGAAUAGACAUUUAAACUGCAAACCAAACAAACUUUAAAUAUUUAAAUUAAAUAUCUACCUUUUUCAGACAAUUAUUGAUUUAAACAUAUGGUGUCAAAAGACAUACAUUUUGAAGUACAGUACAUUCCCUGUUUCUAGCAUUGGGUCACCCUGCAACAACUAGCACAAAAUAUGAUGAUAAAUACCACAGAAAUGAUAUUUGGAAUAACCACUUUUGUAAUAAGUCAUUAAUUAUCAACUGUGAUAUAAUACAGAGAGGCUAACUACUGACAAUUUCUGUUCCUACUGAGGUAGAAUCUUAACAUUUGGUAUGCUCAUUAUGGUCCAUUGAGUGCAAGAGAGAAAAAAAAGUAUAUAUCUGAACAUUGAUUUUUUUUUUCUCAGAGGUCACCAAAAGGCCAUCAUCACUCUUCCCUAUCAUAUUGAACGAUUGUUCAGGUGCCCUUCAGAGCUAGAAUCAUGACGUAGAGUAUGCUCUUUCACUAUGGGAUUCUAUCAAUAAGGAAAUAUCCCUAUUAAAAAACAGGUAACACUUAAAUCUGAGCCUAUUGCAGGCCAUACAUGAAUAGCCAUGACCUCCGAAUAUGCUACUGGUGUCUGCACAACUGGGAUUAAGAGCUAAAUACAAACAUGAGCAAAAUUCAAACCUUAUGUAAAUACUCUGUGA